AUGUCGCAUCUACCCAUGAAACUCCUGCGCAAGAAGAUCGAUAAACGGAACCUCAAAUUGCGCCAGCGAAACUUAAAGCUCCAGGGGGCCUCAGAUGUGAGCCUCUCAGAAACGCAGAAUGGAGCCUAUCAGAAACUGUCUGAGGAAACAGUGGGAAGUGGGAAGGUUAAAAAAUCUCUAAAACGGUCUGUGAAUGUGGACUUGUCAGAAGCCCGGAAUGGAGAGAUGGCUAAAGAAACAGUGGAAAACGUGCAAGUUAAAAAAAAAAAAAAAAAGAAAUCUACCGUAAUAAUCAAUGGAGAAGCAGCCACACAGCCUCCCAACUCAGAAUCAAAAAAGAAAAAGAAGAAGAAAAAGAGGAAAAUAGUGGGUGAUGCUGGGCCUGAUACCAAAAAAGCAAAAACCGAAGACAAGGGGGAGUCUGAGGAAGAUGUACAAGCGCCUGAAGAGACAGAAAACCAUGUGGAGAAGCCGGAUGAUCAGGAAGAAGACGCUGAGGUGCCCAGCCUACCCCUGGGACUGACAGGAGCUUUUGAGGACACUUCAUUUGCUUCUCUUACUGAUCUUGUCAGUGAGAACACUCUGAGGGCAAUAAAAGAAAUGGGUUUUACAAACAUGACUGAAAUUCAGCAUAAAAGUAUCCGACCACUUCUGGAAGGCAGGGAUCUUCUAGCAGCUGCAAAAACAGGCAGUGGUAAAACUCUGGCAUUUCUCAUUCCUGCAGUUGAACUCAUUGUUAAGUUAAAGUUCAUGCCUAGGAAUGGAACAGGCGUUCUUAUUCUCUCACCUACUAGGGAACUAGCCAUGCAGACUUUUGGCGUUCUCAAGGAGCUGAUGACACACCACGUUCACACAUACGGAUUGAUAAUGGGUGGCAGCAACAGAUCCGCUGAAGCACAGAAACUUGGUAAUGGGAUCAACAUCAUUGUGGCCACACCAGGCCGUCUCCUGGACCAUAUGCAGAACACCCCGGGGUUUAUGUAUAAAAAUCUCCAGUGUCUGGUUAUUGAUGAGGCUGAUCGUAUCUUGGAUGUUGGGUUUGAAGAGGAAUUAAAACAAAUUAUUAAACUUCUGCCAACUCGCAGGCAGACCAUGCUCUUUUCCGCCACACAAACUCGAAAAGUUGAAGACUUGGCAAGGAUUUCUCUGAAAAAGGAGCCAUUGUACGUUGGUGUUGAUGAUGAUAAAGCUAAUGCAACAGUGGAUGGUCUUGAGCAGGGAUAUGUUGUUUGUCCCUCCGAAAAGAGAUUCCUCCUCCUGUUUACAUUCCUUAAGAAGAACCGGAAGAAGAAACUGAUGGUCUUCUUUUCAUCCUGUAUGUCCGUGAAAUACCACUACGAGUUGCUGAACUACAUUGAUUUGCCUGUCUUGGCCAUUCACGGAAGGCAGAAGCAGAAUAAGCGUACAACCACGUUCUUCCAGUUCUGCAAUGCAGAUUCAGGGAUACUGUUGUGUACAGAUGUGGCGGCUAGAGGGCUGGAUAUCCCUGAAGUCGACUGGAUUGUGCAGUAUGACCCUCCAGAUGACCCCAAGGAAUAUAUUCAUCGUGUGGGAAGAACAGCCAGAGGCCUGAACGGAAGAGGGCAGGCCUUGCUCAUUUUGCGCCCUGAAGAAUUGGGUUUCCUUCGUUACUUGAGGCAAUCCAAGGUUCCAUUAAGUGAAUUUGAGUUUUCCUGGUCCAAAAUUUCUGACAUUCAGUCUCAGCUUGAAAAAUUGAUUGAAAAGAACUACUUCCUUCAUAAGUCAGCCCAGGAAGCAUAUAAGUCCUACAUUCGAGCAUAUGAUUCUCACUCUCUCAAACAGAUCUUUAACGUUAAUAACUUAAAUUUGCCUCAGGUUGCUCUGUCCUUUGGUUUCAAGGUGCCUCCUUUCGUUGAUCUGAACGUGAACAGCAAUGACGGCAAGCUUAAGAAGAGAGGAGGAGGCGGCGGAUUCGGCUACCAGAAAGCCAGGAAGGUCGAGAAGUCCAGAAUCUUCAAACACAUCAGCAGGAAGUCAUCUGACAGCAGGCAGUUCUCCCACUGA